UGCGUUGCAAUUGUGUGGGAGAAUAACAGACCGCAUAUGUGUGUAGGCAGUGCUGCCACUUGGCGGACAAAAACCGUGGAAAGUCGAAAUCGGCCAAGUAUGGGAAAAACGGCGAACGAGCAAAAGUACACAAAGUGAAAUGGUCGCUGGCUGCCGUGCGGUGCCAUUGUCGCUUUCGUCUCGGUAGUGGUCGUGCGCGCUGUGUCCGCUGUCGUGUCGCUAAGUUCCGUUCGCGGAGUGAAGUGUUGUUUUGUGCUCGUUUGGAAUUGCCGAAAAAAAUACUUUGCAAAUGCAGUGAUUUUCUAAAUUGACGAGUGGCCGCGAAGUGGACAAAUGCAGUUGGCAUAAUGCGGAGAUCCGGUUUGCGUUGAUGCGGGCGACAUUGGUGCCCAGGAUCGGUGGCUCUCGGAUUAAAAUCAAAUCAGCGGAGACGGUGGUGCAGAGCAACAGAAACUCGAAGGAGAGAAGUAGGAGCAGCAGAACAGGCGGACGGACAGGCAGGAGGACGGAUAAAAAGUGGUCGGGCUGGUCGCGGGAGGCGCAAGGCGACUGGUGGCUGGCUAGAGGCUAGAUUGCGGUACAGUGGCGGCUGCUUUGACCUCUCGCUGGACUUGGAUGCACCCCUGCGGAGGCGGCUGAGGCUCCGUGUUGACCCGUGCACUGCAGCGGCGACUGCAGGCUCAGGCGGCGCGGCCGAGCAGUUUGACGUCUCGCUCAAAACAAAGACGCAGAGGGCGGCGACCCCAUUUUCACCGUCGUCGUCAUCGUCGCGUAAUUAGAAUUGCCACAAUAUAUCCUAGCGGAAAUAAUAGUCAGAUCAGUUUAAAAUGUCUGGCGGGAAGGAUAAAAAGAAUCGUGUAAAUAAAGCGCAUGGGUGGGAGGAGGCGGGCGGUGAGUUCUAUCAAGAAAGUUAUCCGGCCGAUUGGGAAGGACUACAAAGAGAUCCAGCCGCAAUUGCAACGCUACUACCGUCGAAACAAAAUAGAGCUGCCACGACAAGACGAGCACGUAGUACACAUCAGGACACAAAAGGAAGUCGUCGACAACAGACUGCAACACGUCGUCGAAAUUCCACAGCCCGGCGCGGAUCUCAAUAUCAUGAAGUGCAGGUAGCAAUGUUACCUGAUUUGUCUCAAGAUUUGACUGAUGAAGAACGAAUAUGGGAGGAAAUUCACGAAAUAAAAACUAUGCCAGUAUCGAUGGCACAAAAGAAAGAAAUGAAAGCACAAUUACAGAAUGCCACAAAACUACGACUACAGGGACUCGAUCAAAUUAAAUGGCAGCGGCGCAAAGUCUGGCACCAGGUUGUCGCCAAAUGGGCUGAAGUCCUCACGAAAAUGGAACUAUGGCGUAACUCGCUUAAAGAAAUCGAAGGAAAUUUCGGUACAGGUGUUGUAGCCUAUUUCCUAUUUUUAAGAUGGCUCAUGUUUUUGAAUCUCGCCAUUUUCGUGUUGAUAUUGUCAUUUGUAGUAAUACCGCAUGUGGUAUUACAAGAGCCUAUGGAUAAGCCAUGCGAUGCUAUCAGUGAGAGUAAUUCAACACAAUGUUGUACAGAAGACUAUUUCAAUCGCACCUCGUCGGAGAAAUUCUCGAUACUGGACAUAAUUCAAGGAACGGGCUUCAUGGAGAAGACGUUGAUGUUCUAUGGAAUGUAUACGAAUAAGAUUUUCGGGCAUUAUCCAUAUGAAAACGCAUCAUCGGUAUCAUCUAGUCAUAGUAGUCUAUACAGGGCCGAGCUGUAUUACGAUCUUCCAUUGGCUUAUAUCAGUAUUACGGCUGUAUAUUUUCUCGUGUCGCUGGCUGCAAUCGUGAAAGCGGCCUCGCGUGAAUUCAAGGAUCGUCUAGUCGAUGGCGAAGGCCAAUUCUAUCAGUAUUGUAAUUUAAUCUUCGGCGGGUGGGAUUUUUGUAUACACAAUGAAAAAUCGGCUGAUAUCAAGCACAAGGCCCUGUACAAUGAGAUCAGAGGCUUACUGCAUUCAAAACGACUGGAAUACGAGCGUCACAACCGAUCACGUGAUUUUAUGUUUAAAUUGAUCGUUAUACGAUUUCUAAUCAAUAUCUUAGUUUUAAUUAUUCUGGCAAUUUCGGCUGUUGUAAUAUAUAUUCUAUUCGAGAUAAGUUUACGGCACUUAGAACCUAAUUAUAAGCACAGUCAUUCGCCGUACAAAUUGUUCCAGAGUACGUCGACGGGGACAUUAGCAUCGUUCAAUGCAUAUGGAACAAUAAAUUCUAAUUUAACAUCAUCAACAUCAUCUUCUGGCGAGCAAAUUGAUGAAGAACUGGCGAAUAAUGACUCGUUAAUUCUCCGAUCUGCACAAAAUGACGGGAUGCUAACGCUUGAGAUGCAAUUGCAAAAUUUAUUUCAUGAAUUCCUUCCGUACAUUGCAAUUGUAUGCUUGAAUGUUGUAGUCCCAAUUGUUUUUAAUUACUUGGUAGAAUUUGAACAGUACUCGCCAAUGUUUGUGAUUAAGAUCAGUUUGUUGCGUACGAUAUUCUUGCGGCUAUCGUCGCUGGCGGUGCUUUUGAGCCGCUUCUACUUUCUCAUCAUACCAGAGGUGGUGGACGAUGAGUGCUAUCGUAAAAAUUCAGGCACGCCACAAUGCUGGGAGACUUUCGUAGGGCAGCAGUUUUAUAAAUUAGUCAUAACCGAUUUUGUCACGCAUAUUUUUGUAACGUUCUUUGUUAACUUUCCGCGAUCGUUGUUUGCGAAACAUAUACGGUCCAAAUUUGCACGAUUUGUUGGCGAGCAGGAGUUUGAAUUGUCAAAGCACGUUCUGGAUGUGGUUUAUUCGCAAACAUUGUGCUGGCUGGGGAGUUUUUACGCCCCAUUUUUGCCAGCAAUUUCGACUGUUCUCACGUUUUUCAUGUUUUAUAUUAAAAAGUUUGCGUGCUUGGUGAAUUCAAAGCCAUCAUCAAUUUUAUAUCGUGCUUCCCGUUCAAAUUCAUUAUUCAUGUUAAUUUUACUGAUCUCAUUCGCGAUUGCCGUGAUCCCGGUAGUGUAUGCUGUUGCGGAAAUCAUGCCAUCGAGAUCAUGUGGGCCAUUUAGAGGGUUACGGUCCGUCUGGGAUGCGGCAAUUACGGCUUUCAUGAAAAUGCCACAGUUUUUCCAGAAUAUUAUAUUCUUUUUCGGUACAGCAGGCUUUGCUAUACCUGCAUUUGUUGUUCUCACACUUUUCCUGUAUUAUUAUUAUGCCGUGUCUGAUGCCAACAAGCAUAUGGUGCAAGUUUUGAAGAAUCAACUGGUUCUGGAAGGACACGAUAAGCAAUUUCUACUUAAUCGGCUGAGUUCGUUUAUAAAACAGCAACAGGAGUAUCAGAAGAAGAUGGUGCAAUACGAAAGGGAUCGUGAACAGAAGAAUGCAAGGGACAGGAAUCGAACAGCAGCUGAUGAAGAGUAGAAGGAGCGGGUAUCGAACGCGGAAAAGACAAAAGAUAAAGGCGUUAUCGUGGUAUAAAUGUUUAGCCAGUUCGCAAUCUCUUAUAAUUUGGCAUUGACUGAAAUACGUGAUAUUCCUUCCCAAUUUUUCGCAAUGGUAUAUCAGAGGCUAAGCGCUAUUUUAUUAAACACAGCCUCCAUCUCACAUGUCAGGUUGUGCUAUACAAAACUCUUUAACCUUUGACAAUGCGAGCAAGUUCCUUUUUUUAUUAUUUCGUACUUUACCUCGUCAUAUAUUAAAUGAGACUCCUCUUUUUUGCAAAUUUCGUGCCGGUUCACGAAGAAUUCCGAAACGGAUGUGGUAAAUUUUCGGCAUUUUGCAAAAUUCGUUGAGGAAACAAUUUGAGAAAAUAUCACACUGCGCAGAAUAAGACUUAACAACAUGAAACCCACCUGAAUGAAGGUUUAAAUCAAAGUUAAUUCAAUCGCAUGCCAAUUACUUUCACUGUACUUUUGUAAAGUGGAUCAUGCGCUCCAAUGAAUCUGCCAGAAUAGUAGGAUAUCGUUUAUCUCUCAUUAGUUGCAGUAAAUCUAUUUCGAUUGGCGGUUUUUUACUGGAUAAACGAUUAUACUAUGAGCGCUAUGUGAAAUUAUAAAUAAAAUUAUAUAAAUACAAAUAAAAAUUAUAUUUAAUUAGAUAAAUUUUAUUGAUGCUAAUAGAACUUAGCACACAUCUGAAUUAUAUUCUAUAAGAACAAAAUUUUUAUAUAUAACUAAGCGAUAAGUUCUCCUCUUGGCUUUGUUUUAUAUAAGCUACUUUGAUUGUGAUCUAUGUUUUUAUUUCUACAUAUUUUUUUAAAAUUACAAUUACUAGAAUUAUAUAUAUAUAUAGCCUAUAUAUAUUUACUACACUGAGAAAGGAUCCUUGUGUUGAAAUAUUUAAUUAUUAUAUGACAUAUCUAUAAGGAAAUCAAGAAUCUAGAGAGAGGAUAUGAUAAAAGAUGAACAGCAAGGAAUCAUGAGAAUGUCACACGUUCACUUUUUAAAUAAAUUAUUUAUUUAUUUAGUUAUACAGUACGAGAUUUGUAUAUAAAAGUUUACACAACUCCUACACAAUUAUAAAGAAAUCGAAAUCCAAUGUUAAACUGAUUGCAUUUAUUCAUCAUUUUAUACGUAACAUUUUCAUUAUUCGAGAUUCAAUGGAU